UCACUUGUCACGCAUUUUCCCUCGGCUCCGGCUCCUGCUCUGUGAUUAUUAACUGUGAUUUUUGGUUGUAGUCGGAAAUUAAUAAAGAAUCUUCGAAUUUAGUGUAAUCGGUAGCUUUACUAAUUACAUAUCCAAGUAAGUGGUAUUCUCAAACGUUUUACUUAAUUAUAAGAUGUGAAGAGCCGUCUGUAUCUAGUAAAUUUUACCUUGUGCGCCAGGAGCGUCCCAAGACGGUUGCCCGCGUUUUACAUCGGCAAUCGAGGUAGCAUGAGAAAUAUUGCAUUGUGCUAAAAUGUCUGGUAUUGCGGGAGCCCGUUUAACUGAAGAGAGAAAAGCCUGGAGAAAAGAUCAUCCAUUUGGUUUUGUAGCCCGACCUUCCAAAAAUCAAGAUGGCACACUUAACCUAAUGAAUUGGGAGUGCUCCAUUCCUGGAAAAAAAGGGACACCAUGGGAAGAAGGACAUUACAAAUUGAGAAUGCUGUUCAAGGAAGAUUACCCUACUAGCCCACCCAAAUGCAAAUUUGAACCACCAUUGUUUCAUCCCAAUGUAUAUCCAUCGGGUACUGUUUGUCUGUCGCUAUUGGAUGAAGAAAAGGACUGGAGACCGGCUAUUACAAUUAAACAGAUUCUUUUGGGUAUUCAAGACUUGUUAAACGAGCCAAAUGUGAAGGAUCCCGCACAGGCCGAAGCCUAUACCAUUUACUGCCAAAAUCGCUUGGAAUAUGAGAAGAGAGUAAGAGCUCAAGCUCGAGCCAUGAGCCACCAAGAAAGUUAAAUUAUUAAUUGUAUGUGUGACGUUUCUUUUUUAAUAAAUUCAUUUAAGACAUAUGUAAUAGGGUAUUCGUAAUAAAUUAUAAGCUUUA